GUCAACAGCAGCUUGGACCAGGAUGAAACUUUAAGUCACCACAAAAGCCCUCACAGAUUCCUGGGCUCUAAUCCCAAUUCAUUUUUUUCUUUGCAGAAUGUUCACAUCUUACCACAGACAGUUCUUUACAUGGCUGAUUCUGACACUUUCAUUAGUCUGGAAGAGUGUCGAGGCCACAAGAGAGCAAGGAAAAGAACUACUAUGGAAACAGCAGUUGCCCUUGAGAAGCUAUUCCCAAAACAGUGCCAAGUCCUUGGGAUUGUGGCCCCGGGGAUUGUCGUGACUCCGAUGGGAUCGGGUAGCAACCGGCCUCAGGAAAUAGAAAUUGGAGAAUCUGGUUUUGCUCUACUGUUCCCUCAAGUGGAAGGGAUAAAAAUACAACCCUUUCAUUUUGCCAAGGAUCCAAAGAAUUUAACACUGGAAAGACGCCAACUCACCGAAGUAGGCCUUUUAGAUAACCCCGAGCUUCGUGUGGUCCUCGUGUUCGGCUAUAACUGCUGUAAGGUGGGAGCCAGCAAUUACCUGCAGCGAGUGGUCAGCACUUUCUGUGACAUGGACGUUGUCGUGGCUGGAGGCCAGGUGGACCACCUGGCGUCGCUGACCUCCGAAAAGCACCCCGUGGAUAUCGAUGCUACCGGUGUGGUCGGGCUGUCGUUUAGCGGUCAGCGCGUCCAGGGCGCCACCGUGCUGCUCACCGAGGACGUCAGCGACGAGAAGACGGCCGAGGCGGCGAUGCAGCGCCUCAAGGCGGCCAACAUCCCCGAGCAGAACACGGUCGGCUUCAUGUUCGCGUGCGUGGGCAGGGGCUUUCAGUACUACAGGGCCAAGGGCAACGUGGAGGCCGAUGCCUUCAGGAAGUUGUUUCCCACGGUCCCUUUAUUUGGCUUCUUCGGGAACGGAGAGAUUGGGUGUGACCGCAUAGUCACGGGCAACUUCAUAUUGAAGAAGUGUAACGAGGUGAAGGACGGUGACCUGUUUCACAGCUACACCACGAUAGUGGCGCUGAUCCACCUGGGGUCAUCGAAAUAGAGCCGCCGGCAGAGUGGCUUUCACGGCCUACGCCUUUUGGGUUCUGCCUUUCCAGAAAAUGCAAACUUGGGAUAUAUGUACUGCAAACAAAAAUGACUUUAUACGUAUGUGGUUUUGUAGCUUUGAUGCUCUGAAGAUUUCUUUGGGGGGUGGGCUGGUUUUUAAUAUAACAGGCGAAGGACGACUGUGUGUGCAACUUAACGCAGAGCGAGAGCUGAGAGCUUUCGUGUCGGCCACAAGCAAACCGAUCGUGGCCGUGGCGCCAGAUUCUGUAGCUGCUGCGCAUGUGAUUUGAACUUGACUCCUGCACAGGAAGGUGGAGGGCAGGGUUCGUCGAUAGGAUGGAGAUUCCAGACAUUCCACGACUACCUCUGAGGUGGGAGAUGAUCGUUCAGCAGAAUCAUAAAGACAGUUUCUCCCUUAAUAUUCAGAUGGCUUGCGAGAGCUUUCCCUGCUUUACAGUCUUACCGAGAUUUUCAGAAGCUGUAACAAAAUCAUUACUGACUUUUUACCUAUUUGAUAAAUAUUAAAGAACAGCUUUAUUUUAGUACUCUAUAAAGUCGCUUAGUGAAAUAAACGGCCAAGACGAA